GAGUCGCCAGUGGUCCAUCUGCGCACUGCUCUCUGGUAACACGCGGCAAUGCGUCUCGCUGAUCUCUUAGCGCGCGUCAUGAGGCCGGCAACGUCCGCAUGAUGCAGGUCCCGGAGCUUACCAGAGCUCUCUUCGUCGUCGACAUGGACUCAGCCUGGGCUUGUCCUCUAUCGCCUCCUUUUUGUCUUGGACCUCACUCUCACUCCCUGUAGACAUACACAACUUUUCUCUAGACCAUCCUCCCCCCUCAUUCCUGCCGAUAAGCAUUCGUUCCGCCUUCAAGCUGUCGUCGCCAACCUCCCGCCACGAGCUGGCCUCCCUACCAGACAUGGGACCACAGGACGACAUUGACGACGAGGGCGCGCCUCCCCAAAUCUACCGCGACGAGGAGAAUGCCAGUCCAUUGUCCGCCGAAUCCGCAGUCCUCAUUGCCAACUCCGACGCUUCCGACCAAGAGUACUAUGCCCAAGAGCCGUAUUACGCCAGCAAAUACAUACCACCACGGUUACAACGUACAUGGGAUAGUGUUGUCGUAUGGGUCAGGGGUCCACAGCCACCGCGACCGUGGAAGAUAAGCCCAAUUUUCCCCAAGAUACAGACGGCACCUAUCCAUUUCAUGAACAAUUAUUUCCCAAAGAGAAAGCACAGGGUGCUGCUGUUGAUAUUCUUCUACGGAUGUUGGCUGUUGACUUUCGGACUGGUCUUACAUCGUAGUGCCUUUGCGGCGGAUCUACCGGGUUAUGGAAGUCCAGUCCAAGUGCGAUGUACAGACCGCUUCUGGAAUGACGGCAAUGGCUGUGGCUUGAAUGGUGAUCUUUGUCGACCCUUUGAAAACAGCUCUAUGCCAUUCCGCUGCCCCGCGAACUGCAAGCGCGUGCAGCUGCUCAAUCCACAUACUGUGGGAGAUCAACAAGUGAAUUAUCGACCCCUGGUUAUUGGAGGCCCGACGGACGAAGAGCAGACACUAGAGAACACAUACUACCGCGCCGACUCCUUCAUCUGCGGAGCAGCCAUCCAUGCUGGUUUCAUCAACGACGCGUCUGGUGGAUGUGGUGUAGUGUCCCAAAUUGGUGAAAAGAGUACAUAUGCCAGCGUCAACAGGAAGCGCAUCAAGAGUAUAGGCUUCGACUCGUACUUUCCGAGGUCCUUUGCGUUUGUCCCGGGUACCGCUGCAAAAUGUCGCGAUCUGCGCUGGCCAUUGCUAGGCGUAUCCCUGACCUUUACCAUUCUUCUCUCUCUUUUCACCACCUCACCUCCUGUCUUCUUCACGUCAAUAUUCGUAGGCGUAUUCUUCCACGUCGCACUCGCAUCAGACCCACCCAAUCUGACCGACUAUUACGCCAUCAUCAGUAUCGAUCUUGGACGUUUCCUACCCGCGAGCUUCUGCAUGUAUGCCGUGUAUAGAUUUGCAGUCCGACGCCAGUUACAGGGCCUGCACGCUCAGGUAGAGAAGACUAUCCUCUGGCUUGGCGGGUGCUGGAUCGGUGCUUUGAACAACUACACUUUUGACAAGAUACCAAUCGAACGCCUAACGCCUCACGACAUCAAGAACCAGCCAGGUGCUGUUCCUGCACUCAUCAUUAUUGUCUUGACAUUAUUCUGCAUUGCUAUUGGUCAGGCAUGGGCGCUUCGCGUAGAGGGUCGUCUACCGCGCUACCUUGCUGUCUACGGCAUUUUCGUUGCUUGUAUUCUCACUCUGGUCGCGGUUCCAAGGAUGAAUGUCCGCAUCCACCACUACAUCUUAGGCUUACUUCUUGUUCCUGGGACUUCCAUGCAGACUCGCCCAAGUCUUCUCUUCCAGGGUAUCCUGAUCGGCCUCUUCAUCAACGGUAUCGCCCGCUGGGGCUUCGAUUCGAUACUCCAAACGCCCAACGAACUUCGCGGUGACGCUCCGAUUGGCUCAUUGCUUCCUCUCAUCACUGCCCCGAUCAUUCACAACAACCUACACCUCCAUCACUUGAGACCAAACAUUACGUUCGAGUGGCACCUGCCUUUUCCUAAACAUUAUGAUGGCAUCAGUAUCUUGGUCAAUGAUGUUGAGAAGUAUCACGGGUACAAAGACAGGAUGAAGGAUAGCUGGACCUGGGUCAGGCAUAUGGAGGGUGUGAAUGAAUAUUUUCGAUUUGGAUAUCUCAAGGGUGGUGGAAGAGGCGACUACACGAAAGCAGGCGUCUGGGGAGCGGACGGCGGAUGGGCUGAGAUGGAGUCUGGGCCGUCGUAGCUAGCUUCUGAAGUUGGAUGAUUGUUCAUGAGAGCUGUACGCCUUCUCGAUGAUCUAAGCAUAGCCAUAUGAACAGUCGUCACACAGAAUGCUUAACUCCGUGAACUCCUAAUAUAAUUUACUUAGCUGGCGUCAGAACCCGAAGUCUAUGCCCGUCUAGGCUGGAAUACCCCGCUCUUGCUUCUACUGUCCGCUUGCAUCUACAGGCUUUAGGCCCAUGAUCCGCCACUGGGCUUACAUACAAUGCUAUACCUAGACCCUCUUCUUUGAACAUGAAUAAUCUCGCGUCGCGAAUUCGCCGACGACCGAAGGUAGCUCUUAGCGCGAUGGGGCGUUCAAGCUUCCCCACAAACGUCAUCCCAUGGCUUCGACGCCGAGAUCCCCGCGCUAGUUUGCAUA